UUGUGCUCGCUGGAGGUCGCGUGUUUCGUUUCUGUGCUAGUGAUUGCUGCUGCAAAGGUAGACAGGGCCCCAAGGUGGAGGAGUCACUGACUCACUGACUAUAAAUGACUUAAGUACCGACACUGUGAAAUAAUACAUACAGUUUUUAAUUGAAACCGACGCUCUGAUUGCAAGUGAACACGAGGUGACUUGUAUAGAAGAGGUGGCGUGUGCGAUUUGAGAGGUUAUGUUGCAGUGGCUGUGUUUUGGAUGCCGAGUCUGCAGUUGGUGGAAGAACACCGCAACCUACAUAACAAACACCAACUGUUGUGUGUGAUUGUGUAUGUGACUGAUCACUAAUUAACGAACAGAAAAGCAAAUUAGUAUAGCAUACGAUUAACUGAAGGCUAAACGUCGCAUAUCAACGUUGUACGUUUUGGAGGGAAAUGUGAUUUUAAACUGGACCAUGCUCGAAGAAUCUUGUAGUGAUGUGUCAAUAGUUGUAAAGAUAGGAAUAUAGGUUCUAUUUUGCACCGUAUAUUUUUUCCUGUAACGAGUUCGAUGGGGAAGAAAAUCGAGGAGUGAUAUAAAUUGGCGUGUUUCAGUUAAGAGCGGAGUAUCGCACGUUAGAGGUUAUGUGAUUAUGCGCGCUUUGCCGUGAUAUGUUGAAUUUCUAAUGCAUGAAGUGAAAUAAUGCAAGUAUUCUACUAGUUAAUUUUUAACGUACAACUAGACGAUAAUACGUAAAUGUCGAAUUUUGAAUGCUAUUUGCAGAGUCUCUUUUGCUUAAACGAUUGUAGAACGUUUGAUAUAAGAUAUUUUGAUACUAAACCUCGUUGUAAAAAGAUGGAAAUUAUUAUCGUGAUUAUGGACAGGACUCUGUGUACACACACCGUACUUUCAAGGACAUUGUUUUCUUUGUUUUAAUUAUGUUCGGAUAAAAAGAAUCACGCCCGUCCAAUAUUCAACAACAAUUUUCAGUUUUAAUUUCGUAAAACAUAUGGUGUGAUAAUUAGUGGAUAUUUACGUGAUGAUAAGAAUUGUAAAGCUCUGUUACAACCCUAAACAUAUCACAUUUCAGUAGUGUAACGAAUCGUGGCCCAAUCUUGUCACUAAGACAUAAAUGAGUGUUUAAAAAUAAAUGUUAGUAGGAUUCCAUUGUAACUGAAUCAUUCAGGAGGCAGGAGUGAGUUGUGUGACACACUGCAUGCUUCUGGAAAACAAGACAUUUCUCUUAUCCACGUACUGAACAUACAUCGCGCUGCUGUUACGUACUAACGGGAAAUAAAUAUUUCAUUAUAACAAGUGAACUCGUAACAGAAGAUAUCUUCUGUUUGGUAGUACAGGAAUUAAGUAACAAGUUUACUGGAUAUGUCAUGACUCUACACAAAAGUAUGUAAAUACCAUUGUUUGUAUGUGAGUGGUUUCAUCUGCUGAGGAUUAAUUGUAUCGUCUUUAAGUUUCUGGGAAACAAUGUUGAACUGCACAGACAUAGAAUGCAUUCUCCAUCACAACCAUUACUACCAGCAUUUGCACCAGACGCAACACCAUCUCCAGGACCAUCGCGAGCAUCACGCUAUGUCCGGGGAGGCGGACGACAUCGGUGACCUAGCCAGCAAUCUGAAUGGGACAGGUGAAUCGGAGAUCGCGGGCCUGUCACAUGUCGAUGCACCAAGUGACAGUGUGUACAUCGUGUGCGGUGUGCUGAUCGCUAUGGUUCUGGUGGCGGCCAUUAUCAUUCUGCUGGCGGUCUUCAUAAGCAAAUUGAGAAAGAGAGACGAGAACGGCGUUCGACAGGACCACGUUAUGUUGCAUUCUGCACAACAACAGAACAACAAUCAUUGUCACCACAACAAUAACAACAACAGUGGGACUGCAACGCCUCCAGCAGCUGCAACUGGAGGAACUACCAUUCCCACAGUGUCAGCGACUGUCAUCUAUCCUCCUCCCGUGCCGUCUCCAGCAGACGCCGCAACUGCUGCCAAUGGUCUCAGCAACACACCUCGCCAGUUCAUAUGGCAGAUCCCGGCCACACACCCCUACGCCAUGUACAAAAACGACAAGGAAACUCUUGUACAUCCCCUCCCUUCAGAACAGCCUGGAUUUUGCCGUGGAUUCCGGAAGAAUCUUCAGGGACGCUGGAAGCGCUUGGUAAAAAGGAAACCAAUCAAUGAAACCUAUACAAUCCCACCAGAACUUCGAGAUCAACUGAAAAACAUCUACGUUUAUUAACGGACAUUCUCACAACAGUCAUUUGAGGGAAUCAAAAUAUAAAUACUUGAACAGUUCCUGUGUCUUAAGUUUGCAAGUUUGUAAAAUUAAGAACAAUAUGCAUUUUAUAUCACAUGAAUGCUGUAAACCAGAGUACCAUUACAAGAAGCACAAUGUAUGCUGUUUUAUUUGUUAAUUUUGGAUACAUUUUAAUGAAAGGGUAAUAUGUGAAUUUGAAAAUCAAAAUUUUGAGUUGUAUUUGACUGCACGAAUUUUAAAUAUAAGAUGGCAUUCCACCGAUAUACAAUGCCGACAUCGUCACUUGAUACAGGCAUGCAGAUAGACUUGGUAAUGAUUCAGGUAGUUGGUAGAAAGCAAAGCUUGUGAAGUCUGCAGACCAUUUCUUCUGAAACACAAGAAGGAGAGACAUGUGUCAUGUCUAUAGUGAGAAUGGUAUAUAAUGUUGUACUUUGGUUUCUGGCAGAUCAGGUCGCUGUUUGUGUGUCAUCAAAAGGACAGUUGCCACCCUUCUAAAUGACAAGCUUUUUAACUUCUACUUAAUUAAAAGUUAAGCAAGUCAAGACUGUAAAGAUGACUAGUUGCGAAUUUUGCUUGGAAUUUAUCUGGCUAGUUGACCAAAAUGGAAGCAAAUUUUUGUGUUGGUAUUCCUUAUGGCUGGUAGAAGUCCCAUCAUUAGGAAUGACGCACAAAACUGUGAUGGUACGGAUGUGAUAUCAAAUGUUGUACAGUAGAGCAGUAAAGUCAAGCCCAUGAUAUUAUUAUGUAAAUAUUUUAAAAAUUAGUAUUAUUAUUUUAUAUGAUAAAUGCCUCCUACAUACAUUUUAUGCUUGCUGGUGAAGAAGCAGAAAGCAGCGGUUGCCGUAUCGAGAAUAACAAGUAUUUUUUUUUGGCUCAUAUUGAGCUCCGUUUAGAUUGUUAUUGGGGUAUUGUACAAAUGGAGGCAUUGAAAUAUAAUGUACCAGCAUCGCUUUACAGAUUGCAAGUGUAAUAGUUGUUUAGUUCCACAGACUAGUACAACAUCUGUCAGUUUAAAUAUUAAGUUAAAAAUUACUGAAUAUUAUAUAGAAGAAAUGUAAAAUUAUUGCAACACUCAGCUGUAAUUUUCAUGAGAUUUUCUCACUGAUAAAAUUUCAAGCUUGUUGAGCCAAAUUAAAAAAAAAAAGAUAUAUGGAACUCAAAAUUAAUCUGUGUCUGGUUUUCCUGAAAUCCCAUUUUGAAUAAUUUUGUUCAUCAUACAAAUUAACUAAUUUUACAGAGGAUAACUUGUGAAGAGAAAAUAAUUGAGAAUUCCUAUUUAUUAAUUAGAAAACAAAAAUAUACUGCUACAAUCUAUGAUGAUAAUUUGUAAAUAACACUGUGUACAUACGUUUCUUAGUUAUUGUGUGUAUGUUUAAGUACAUGUCAGUUUCAAUCAUUUUAACAAUGGAAAAAGAGUAAGAUUUUUGAUUCAGACACUAGUCAUGGAUUUAUGCCAAAAUAUGCAGAUGCAGAAUUUGGAAUGAAAGGCAAAGUUAUAGGAGCAUGCAAAAUUGCUCAGUGCCAAUAAACAUAACUGUGCGAUAUUUAUGAUCACGAAUUGUGCGUCAUUAAUAUAACAAUUUUACGUUACCUUGUUUAAAUUAUUUUAGAUCAUUUGGCUAUUAAUACCUUUAGUAUUGAAGCAUUCUUGCCAGUAGUGAACAGUCCAAAUAUAUCCAAAGCAUGCGCACAAUUUUGCUGAUGUUCUCCCUUAACUUUGGCCUACAUAUGUAACAGAAUACCACUUAUGACCAACUGGAACUGCACAGUUAUUUAAAACAGUACAUUUAUGAUCUGAAGUAUUUUUAAUGUUAGUGUUAAUGGUUAAACUUCAUGCAAGUUUUCAUUUCAUGUCUGAUCAUUCCAUCCUUACAACUCUGACUUACAUUUGUAAGAAAAUACAUACCUGUUUCAGAGAUUUUGAAAUAAAUAAAGUUGAAUACCUUCUGAUA